UCGCAACAACCAAGAGAGGAAACAUGACCAUCACGGAGUACUUCACGAAGAUGAAGACCCUAAAGGAUGAGAUGCAGGCCGGUGGUAAACCACUGGAUGACGAAGAUUUUCUGCAGUACAUCAUCACCGGCGUCGGCCCUGAGUUUAGCGAGGUCGUGUCGGUGGUGUGUGCACGAGUGGAAUCAAUCUCAAUUGGAGAGUUGUACUCACAACUCCUCAAUUUUGAGACUCGCAAGGUGCUGUACAAUGGAGCACAAGACACUGGAGGGUUUGCCAAUGUCGCUAAUCGUGGCGGCUUUGGUGGACAUGGCGGAUCUAACGUUUGUCGUGGCGGCGGCGCUCAACGUGGGCGCGGGCGUGGCGGCAACCAAGGAGGUCGCGGCGGCGGUCCAGGAGGUCGUGGCCGUGGGCGAGGAUAUGCCGGCCCUGAUCUCCGUCCGACUUGCCAAGUGUGCUUCAUGAAAGGACACACGGCUCCAGAGUGCUGGCACAGGUUCGAUGACAAUUAUGUUAAUGAUCAAAAACAUGUUGCAGCAGCCACUUAUGCAGGGUAUGGUGUCGACACAAACUGGUACAUCGAUACCGGCGCCAUUGACCAUAUCAAUGGCGAGCUUGAUAAGCUCACAAUGAAGGAGAAAUAUGAAGGGAGCGAUCAGAUCCACACUGCAAGUGGAGCAAGUAUGGAUAUAAGGCACAUUGGUUCUACUAUUGUUCAUGCCCCUAAUAAUCAAAAAAUACAUCUUAAAAAUGUCCUAUAUGUACCACAAGCAAAGAAAAAUCUAGUUUCUGUUCAUCGUCUUGUUGAUGAUAACUCUGCUUUCCUUGAACUCCAUCGUGAUUAUUUUUCUCUUAAGGAUCGGGUCACCAGGAAAACACUCCUUAAAGGAAGAUCAUGGCGCAGGCUCUAUCCCCUUCCAAAAUCAUCCUUGAAGCAAGCCUGCAGUGUUGAAAAGCUCUCCUUGGCCCGGUGGCACAGUCAUUUUGCUCAUCCCUCAUCUUCCAUCGUCAAGCAAGUAGACAAUAAAUUUCAUCUUCCUUGUUCGAGUUUAGCAAGUGAGUCGGUUUGUAAUGCUUGUCAUCAAGCAAAGAGUCAUCAGUUACCCUUUCCUAUUUCCACUAGUGUUUCUAGGCAUCCUUUGGAACUCAUAUUUCCUGAUGUUUGGGGUCCUGCUCCUGAGUCUGUAGGAAGAAAAAAAAUACUAUGUGAGUUUUAUUGAUGAUUUUAGUAAGUUCACUUGGAUUUAUCUCAUUCAAUAUAAAUCGCAAGUGUUUGAAAAAUUUCAAGAGUUCCAAGUUAUGGUGGAAAGAAUGUUUGAUAGAAA